CCCCCUCAGACAGUGGCGCUGAGGACAAGGUGCCAGCCGGUGCCACCGCUGUUUCUAUAACGGAUCUGCUGAAUGGAAGCCCGAGGACAUGACGGGAGUUAUAUCAGGGUGCCUCAGCCUCGUGUGGGUUACAGCUGUAACUAGCGCCGUUCAGGUGACGAUGCCUGAGCACAAGAAGAUAGCUAUGCUUUUCCAGCCUACAGUUCUACAGUGCGGCUACACUACAACUUCUGCUAAGCCAGCUCUGGUCCAGUGGAAAUAUAAAUCCUUUUGUCAAGAUCGCACGGAAGAGACUUUGGGUAUAAAGGCCCCUCAAACCAAGAGCAGUUCAGGCUUGGGCAGAGAUCAAAACCUGGAUUGUGCAGAUGGCAGCCGGACAGUCCGGAGCGUAGCCUCCAAGCAAGGAUCUACUGUGACGUUGGGGGAUUUCUAUAAAGGAAGAGACAUCACCAUUAUUCACGAUGCUGAUCUUCAGUUUGGAAAUCUGCAGUGGGGUGACAGUGGCCUCUAUUACUGUAAUGUUGUUACACCAGAUGACUUGGAAGGUAAAAAUGAGGACCGUGUGGAACUUCUAGUAAUGGACAAGUCAGAUGUGCUUGCUGAUCUCUUGCCCAGUUUUGAAGUGGAAAUAAUGCCAGAGUGGGUAUUUGUGAGUCUGGUGAUCCUGGGAACGUUCCUGUUCUUCCUGAUGGUUGGCGUUUGCUGGUGCCAAUGUUGUCCCCACAGCUGUUGCUGUUAUGUGCGCUGUCCGUGCUGUCCUGAGACCUGCUGCUGCCCCAGAGCCUUAUAUGAAGCAGGCAAGGCUGCGAAAUCAGGAUACCCCCCUCCGGUGCCCACCGCCUGCCCUCCAUAUUACAUCUCCACCAUUCCUGUGGCCCCGGUUCCAGCUCCGAUGUUAAUGGAAAAACAACAUGUGCCGCCUCUGGUACAAAGCGACUCAUUAGGAGGGCAGAAUGCCGUGCGCAAAGGGUACAGAAUCCAAGCUGAUAAAGAGAGAGAUUCCAUGAAGGUGCUUUACUAUGUGGAGAAAGAACUGGCGCAGUUUGACCCAGCCCGAAGAAUGCGAGAAAGAUAUAGUCACACAAUUUCAGAGCUCAGCUCCCUACAUGAGGACAACACACAUUUAACUCGAUCAUAUCGCCAAGGACGCAGAAAACCACUUCAGUCCAGUUGUAAUAUUGACGGGGAUGCAGAGUACUGGUCUGGGGUUGUUGGGGGUACAGCAAGACCCUCGACAUGCUCCAAAUUCAGGGAAGAAAGAGAGAGCUUCAGAAGUAGUCUGCAAAGACCGACGUCAGAAGUUUUAGAAAGAAAAGCCUUUCCCAUGACAGUCCAAGCAGUGUCAACAGACGAGUUAGCUGUAUUUGCAGACUCUUACAAACAAAGAUCUCGCCGGGCUGACAGUCGAGGCCCUGGGUCAGGCCCCCGGUUUGAGAGAUCUGAGAUACGAGGAAGAUCUCUGUACCAGGACAACUCAACUGAUGAAUACUAUGGAAAACGCAACCAUGGAAGAGAACUCUUUUCAGAUACUGAAAGAGGCUGGUCUUUUAGCCCAUCUAGAAUACGAGCUCCAGAGGACAAGCAUUUGCCCAAAAGGAUAACCAGAAUGGGGCAGAGCUAUGAUGAUGCAUAUCUUAGCAGUGUUCUUGAGAGGAAAUCAAGGGGUCUUGAGGAAACAAGUUUGACCCCAUCCAAACUGAGCUUGCGGCAAAACUCAAGUCGCAGUUAUGGUCGGUCUCCAACAUUCAAAACUGGAGAAGGGAAAGAACACAAACUAGAGGGAGAGGACUCACUUCCUCCAUAUAGUGAAAGAGAGCUUUCCAGGGCUCUCCAAUUUCGUUCAAGAGAGCACUCCUAUCUCAGCACCUCAGACAAGAGGAAGAAAAAGGAGCAACCCACUAAAACAGGUGAUUUUCCAAACAGGAUGUCCCUCGUUGUCUGACAUCGUUAAAGACUUAAGGAAGAUUCUGGUUGGAGGAGGCACUGAGCCAGUCCUGGGUACGAAAGACAGAGCCAUGAGCCACUGUGCUCCAAGGAUCAAAUUACUUGACGUGGAAGAUCUUAAACUAGCUGCUUCCCCACAAGACAGGAGACCAUGUGCAUGGGCCUUAAUUUGAAAGCUAUGGUCUCCUGCUGAUUAUCCUAUCCAAAUCACUUAUGGACCUUAAACAUAAGUCUAGAGAUGAAUGUGGAGGAAGCAAAACUGACAGUUCCCAUAAAUUCAGUUUGUAUAAGGACUAGACAUAUUAUUUAACUUGUUGGCUGCCAGAGAGAGCCGUAAUACCUUGAUAUGCAAUGCAAUGGUUUGCGGUCCCCUCUGGCAGCCAAAGGGUUCUGUCCUAAAUAGUUUGGGAGGGGUGAUAUUUGCCUCCAUUCUCCAACAUUCCUUAUGUCUCGCACUCAGUGUUAUGUCUGUACCAUCACACCUCUGUGCCUCUCAUUCAUAUGUCACAUAUAAGGACAAGUGAUGUCUUUGUAUAACUCUUUUUCAGCACAUUUGAGAAUGUAUCUCUCAUUUAUUCCUCAUAUAACAUUUUUAACUCCUCAUCAGUUUGAACUUUUUUUUAUUCCCUUCCUUUCUGUUUCUAUCUCAUGAUAGUAUUCAUUUCAAGUCAUAGGUGACUAUGUUUUUUUACUAAUAGCACUAUUUAAAUAGACAUUACAUGUACGUUUCUUUAUAGAUUUUAGAACACUGACCCCCAUUCCAUUGUGAUCCAGCAGAAUUUCCUGACAAAAUAUAUUGUAUGGUUUUCAAAUUCUAUGCCAUUUCAUUUAUAAAUUGUUAGAAAACCCAGUUAACCUGUGGUUUUCCUGUGGCUUUGCAACUUUUAAAUUUCAUUUUACAAUGAGAGAAUUUCACUGUAGCAUUUUAACACGUCAAAAAUACUUUGAGCAAAUUUUUGUGCAUUUCAUUGCCUGAUUUGAGCAGUUUUGCUUGGCUGUUUAUUUAUGAAUAUGAAUUAUGAAUAAAUACAGUCAGUUUUUGAAUUAGUAAAAUAUUUUUCAAAAUAGAUGUUCCUAUACUGAGGGGGGGGUAAAAGG